UGUGUGUAGACUGAGGUCGAGCGAGUCAGCCAGCCAAGCAGACAGACGAGGGGAAAGAGUGGGCUCUUCUGAGGGAUACUGGACCACCAGAUGAAUUCCUAAAUCUUUGCUGCUAGCCUCAUUAUGGGCCUUAUAGAGGAGACCGAUGUAGAGCAGGUGACCCUGGCUCUUCUGGAUGCUGCCAAUGACAGGGAUCCAGUGGUGCAGGAACAGGUCAGGAAGUCCAUCUUGACACUGGGGAACCAGCAGCCUGAUAAAGUCCUGUCCAUGUGCCAGGACUACCUGCUCAAACACCCCAAGCUGGUGGUCGGGCACAGAGUGUUGAUCUUGCAAACCAUUGAAUUGGUGGUGAAGAGCAGGAUUGAUGACAUCAGUUACCCCAAAAUCAAGAGUGUCAUACAGCUGGCAUCAGAUGAGAUGACUAAAUCAAAGGAGGUCGUCCCAGAAUGGCAGCAAGCAGCCAGUAAUAUUCUGGUUGCUGUGGGAAACAAAUAUAUUAAUGACAUCAUGGAGGAGAUACUCGGCAAGUUCCAGCCUGGAGUUUUGCCUCACUUUUUUGUGGUCCAAACACUAGCCAGUCUCUCGGACUCAAAUGUAUAUGGUAUGGUGCCUUUUCUCAAUGCUAUAAUGGGGACCAUGCUGCCCAUGCUGGGCAUGACCAAACAGGACAACAUGAAAUGGGUCUUCUCUUCUGCUCUCUGCCGCUUCAGCGAGAGCAUUCUAGAAUACCUGGCCAACCUGGACAAGGCUCCGGACCCCACUGUACGUAAAGACACCUUCUCUAGUGAGAUAUACUCAGCCUACGACGUCCUGUUUAACAGCUGGAUCCAGAGCAGAGAGUCCAAGGUACACUCAAUGAGAAAGAGCACACAGCCAAUUACAGCUAACUCACUUUGAGACUAAAGAGGGACA